GUAUAUUAGCCAUUAUAUAAGAGGAGAGACUAGAGAGAUAAGGUGUAUUUUUUUUAAAAAACAUGAUAGUGAGGGUGUAGUGUGUUAGUACGCAUAGCCGCAUAGGAAACCUUUUUUUUUUUUUAGGAAACUUUUUUUUAUUUUUUUAUUUUGACAAGAGGAAACUUUUAUCUAAUUGAUUUACUCUAACUUUAGGCGUUUCAUGCACUUUAUUUAUUGGGGCGCUGAUUUUAUUAACACACUUUAAAAAAAAAAAAAAAAAAUUUAGCUCUCUCUCAGUUCUCUAUUGAACUUGAAGCGCACUCCACUUUCUCUAUUGAAGCGCAGUUCAAGUUCUCCAUUGAAUCACACUUUGCUUUUUGUUACUUGUCUCCUCCAUUGAACCAGCAUUUGAUACAGUCCAUAAAUCAUGUGCAUAAAGAGUGCCUGUCCUGAUAAGAGUGCCUGUCCUGCGAAUGGUAUUAUUGAUGAUGCGAGUGAAGUCAGUUCUGGUGUCAAAAAUAACAUUCAUGUGCUUGGAGUAUGUCCAUUGUCAAAGCAACCGCCUAAAGAGGACGGUGUGUUCAAGAAAUCGUCGGAAACUUUCAAUCAGAUAACAAAUGUGAUUGGCAAUAAGAAGGUUAACUCCACUCUUGGAUUGAAAAGAAGAUCAGAGGAAGUGAUCAAAGGUCCUGUAUCAAAGAAGUUGAAGUUAGACCGGUCUACGACAUUACUUUGUCAGACGGUUCUUGAAAAGCUGAUGAGCAAUCCGUUGAGUAAUCUGUUUAAAGUCCCUGUAGAUCCUGUUAUGUGGAAUAUUGACGACUACUUUGACAUCAUCAAAAAGCCAAUGGAUCUUGGGACCAUUAAACAGAAAUUGCUGCAGCAUAAAUAUGAUCGCGCUGAAGAAUUUGAGGCUGAUGUGAGACUGACUUUUUCUAAUGCAAUGUUAUACAAUCCUCCUGACCAUUAUAUCCAUCAGCGUGCGAGUUCUCUCAUCAGGGUGUUUGAUCGUCUUUGGGAACACAGAGAUGUAAGGCAAAGGUCUUCUCAUGAGCAUAAUAGUGACCGCCCUUUGUCUUCAUCAAAGUUCAAAUGUGAUGUUGCAACAGAGAAAAUUAUUCCUUAUGAUGAAUUUACUGCUGUAAAGGAUAAACAUACUUCACCAUUGCAAAUGGGUAGCUUUGGUCAAGUUUCUGCAAGUUUGAGUUUUAUGGAUUCAGAACAUGGCUAUGCUAGUGCUCCUUCUACAAGUGGCUCUUUUGGUGCUACUGCUCCUUCUACCACCAGUAUGAGUUUUAUGGAUUCAGAACGUGGCUAUGCUAGUGCUCCUUCUACAAGUAUGAGUUUUAUGGAUUCAGAAUGCAGAUUAUCAGAUGUUGAACUCUCUCCAUCAAGAGCCCUGCAUAUUGCAAAAUUGAAGAAUCGGUAUGCAGACACCAUAAUGAAGGCCCAAAAUCACACAUUGUUGGAACCGGGUGCUAAAACAAUUCGGCAGCGAGAGAAGAAAAUAAUGCAGAGGCGGCAACAUGAAGAGACAGCUAACAUGGAUGCAAAAAUAAGUGUAAGGAUUAAAGUGUUCAACUAACUUGCAAUCAACCCACAAUAGCAAUGAACAAACAAGC